GGUUUCACAAGGACUGGAGUAAGAAUAUUAAGUCUGCAUGGCGGUCAACUUUGUUGUACUCCUGGGUGUGUUCAUGCUGGCGGCAUGUGGGGGUAUGCAGCAUCAGUUGGUGAAGUGUCUUCACGACAUCGCGACAAAGCACUUUUCGCCGGGACGAGCUUUGGUCGUCUCGCUCAGCAGCGAUAUUAUUAAUUAUCGCGAGGAAACCAAUUCUUUGUCGUGUGAAGAAACAAUGAAUACAGUCGAUGUGUUACUGGAGGAGAUCCAUCAGUCUGUUUCGUGGCAUGUCCUGAUUUUAAGUCCAUUCGGUGAAUUGGAACGGAGAACUGAAGACAAACACGAGAGUUAUAUUAUGUUUGGGCAGGCAGACGGGGUUGUACAGGAAGUAAAAAUCCAACUUUCGAAAUUGAAGACCUCUUCUGGAUGGAAUCCAAAGGCGAAAUUUGUUAUCGUGGUGAUGGUACGUGAUGUAAAUAAAUCGGUGUGCAAUGCAACCGCAGAUGAUAUAUUUUUUGAACUUUGGAAGGAGAAUAUUGUCAACGUAAUUGUGAUUCUGCCUGGAAAACACACACACGAAGCAGAUAACAGAACGAGGAACAGUCGGGAAUUUGUUCCUGUUCUCCAGGUGUACACGUGGUUCCCGUACCAGCCACCAGAUCGCUGUGCUAAAUCCACAGAUCCUGUUCUGUUAGAUAUCUGGGUAGCGAAUUCCGAAGGAGACGGACGAUUUGUUCAUAACUCAUAUUUGUUCCCACAGAAAGUACCAAAUGAUCUUCACGGAUGCCCCAUUAGAGUGUCCACGUUUCCUUUCGUGACCAUGGUGAGAAACCUCAUUAGGAACGCAGACGGUGAUAUUUCGUAUGAAGGUGGAGUGGAGAUACGACAUUUUAACAUGCUGAUGAAUGCAGUGAAUAUGAUACCCGUGUACCUGCCGCCUCCAUCUGACGGUGAACGAUGGGGAACGCUUGUGAACGGGUCGUGGACUGGAGUUAUCGGACAUAUUAUUGAGCGCAAAUCUGACGUAGCAUUCGGUUCCAUGUUGAACGACAAUUAUCAGUAUUCUGAGGGAGUUGACGUCGCUGAUGGUUACAGGUGGCACGUCCCAUGUGCCAGUCCUGUGCCUGGUUGGUUGAGCCUGACAAGGGUAUUCUACCCUUCUAUGUGGUUGGUGCUUAUCCUCGCCCUGGUCUUCGUUUCGCUUUUAGUCUGCUGUCUUGUGAAAACAUCUGGAUCUCCCGGGGCCUUAGCCUAUUCCAACUUUACGGUGUCCCCGUUGAACUUGUGGGCUGUUAUUCUUGGAGUUUCUGCUCCAAAUGCAGUGCCUCAUUGGUAAGAUGUUUCACUAUGAAAAAUAUGUUCAACUGGAGAAGUAUUAGUACCACGGGAGUACUUUACCUUUGGCAUGUCUGUCGUCUGAACAUAAAAGAUUUAAUAAGUUUAAAAAUGUCCCACGGUAUAGUUGUCCAUGUGUUAAUUAAGCACGUCAUUACUUCAUGAAGACGUGUGGUAACUUCCAGAGGUGGUGAUGAGAAAAAUAUAUGCCCCUGUCGGGAAUAUAACCCCGGAGUCUAGUCAUUAUAGUGACUGAAAAUUAAUACAGCCAGUCAGAAACGUUGGACUGCAAUUACUCCCCCUCUCUCUCUCACUCUCUCACACACGAUUUUGAUCUUCUGGGUUAUAAUGU